AUGGAUAGAAGUAGAGAGGCUGGAGAACUGGGGGGAGUUGCUGGUGGAGGAGUGGGGACUCACCAACCAGCCAACCCUAUGCUACCUACUUCUUCUACACCAUCUCCUAAUACCGUGGAUCCUGUGAAAGCUUUCUCUAUUGAGAAAUUCAUGGGGGAGGACUACGAGCACUGGAGUUUCCGCAUGAGGCUGAUGUAUACCCAAUACAAGCUAUUGGAUUUGGUGGAGGGGAAGGAGAAGAUGCCGGAGGCCGCGGAGCUGAAAGGAGCGUGGAUGAAGCGAUCGUUCGACGCGUAUAUGCUCAUGGUGCAAGCGUCUGCCCUUGCGAUCAACCUCAACUCCCAACAACCCCAAUGGAGCGUGGAUUACAUUUGCGCGCGCAUCCUAGAGGAGGACUUGCGGCGGCGGAGUGUGGAGCGCUCGGAGGAGGGGGCUGGCUAUGGAGUUGGAGGUGGAAAGAGUGGCUUCAAGAAGAAGUGGAAGGGCAAGAAUAAGGAUAACCCUAAGGAGGAUGGCGGCGGGGGUCAAGGGGAGGUGUGCUUCUACUGCAAGAAGCGCGGACAUCGUUGGCGGAAGUGCUACCAACGACCCAAGGAUUGGACCCCGCCUUCAUCAAGCAACCAGCGUGGUGGCACGAGGAGUGGGGGAGUCAUGGGAGCUAGUGGAGAGGAGAAGGAUGAGGAGAAAGGCGGCAAAUCUGAGGAGCGGAAGGCCGGGUUCUUCUUCUUCGUGAACGAAGGCGCAACCGACCACGCUAUGGCAGCCAAGGCGGCAAUGGCGGCAUCUAUGGAGGAGAGCGUUACCGAGGAGGAGCAGCAAGGUGUGCAAGGAGAGGAGCUGAUUGGAGGAAGUGCGGCGGUGAAGGCGUCGGCUACCUCGGGCCAAGCGGAUUGGGAGACUUGGCAUCGGCGGCUCGCACACGUGGCUGUUUCUACAUUGGAGGUGAUGCACAAGGAGAAGUGCGUGCAUGGGCUGCAACUGCAAGGAGAUGGCAUUCACUAUGGCAGCUGUGAGGCGUGCAUGCAAAACAAGUUUGCGCGGUUCUCGUUUCCACGUGCAGAGGGAUCACCGAAGGCGCCGCUGGAGGUGGUGCACAUGGACUUGUUCUUGCAAUUUUGCACACACUAG